CGCCGCAGGAAAAGUUUCUUUGCGGGCGAUCGAGCUCGCGGGUGCCGCUCGGGCUGUCCCUGCCGCGCUGGCCGUCCUUCCCCGCUGGUUGUCCUGCCGCUCCAGGGCAUGCGAGGCCUUGGCCCUAGGGAGUGAAAGAAGCAGAGCCCACAGGCGCGGAGAGGAGCAGGCGGCCUCGAUCCGCGCGUCCAGGCUCGGCUGGAAGCGGGUUGGCCAGUCCGGGCGGGCACAGGGCCGCGGAGCCUAGGGCCGCGGCACGCAGGACGAUGGGCGCGCGGAGGCUCCGAGCGACCGCGGUGGUGCUGGGACUGCUGCUGUGCGCGGGGCUGGGGCGCGCGGCCCGGGAGGAGCACCGAGGCCGCCUGGAGGAUGCGGAGCAGCGCCCGUGCCCGGUUCCCUGCCGCUGCUUCGGGGACCUGCUGGACUGCAGCCGCCGCCGGCUGGAGCACCUUCCUCAGUCGCUCCCGGCCUGGGUCGCCCGGCUGGACCUAAGUCACAACAGAUUAUCUUUCAUCCAGACAAGUUCCCUGAGCCACCUUCAAAACCUUCGAGAAGUGAAACUGAACAAUAAUGAAUUAGAGACGAUUCCAAAUAUGGGACCAGUUGCAGCAAACAUUACACUGUUCUCCUUGGCUGGAAACAGGAUCACUGAGAUAUUCCCUGAACACCUGAAGCGGUUUCAGUCCCUUGAAACAUUGGACCUGAGUAGCAACAAUAUUUCAGAACUUAAAACUGCGUUUCCACCCUUACAACUCAAGUAUCUGUAUAUCAACAGCAACCGAGUUACAUCCAUGGAACCAGGGUAUUUUGACAAUUUGGCAAACACACUUGUGGUGCUGAAGUUGAACAGGAACCGAAUCUCAGUCAUCCCCCCCAAGAUGUUUAAACUGCCUCAGCUGCAACACCUUGAACUGAACCGAAACAAGAUUAAAAAUGUAGAUGGACUGACAUUCCAAGGCCUUGGUGCUCUCAAGUCUCUGAAAAUGCAAAGAAAUGGCGUAACAAAGCUUAUGGAUGGAGCUUUCUGGGGGCUAAGCAACAUGGAAAUCUUGCAACUGGACCAUAACAACCUGACCGAGAUUACCAAGGGCUGGCUGUACGGGCUGCUGAUGCUGCAGGAGCUUCAUCUCAGCCAGAAUGCCAUCAACAGGAUCAGUCCUGAUGCCUGGGAGUUCUGCCAGAAGCUCAGUGAGCUAGAUCUAACUUUCAACCACUUGUCGAGAUUAGAUGACUCCAGCUUCCUUGGCCUAAGCUUACUAAAUACCUUGCACAUUGGGAACAACAAAGUCAGCUACAUUGCUGAUUGUGCCUUCCGGGGCCUUUCCAGUUUAAAGACUUUGGAUCUGAAGAACAAUGAAAUUUCAUGGACCAUCGAAGACAUGAAUGGCGCUUUCUCUGGCCUUGACAAGCUGAGACGGCUAAUACUUCAGGGAAACCGGAUUCGAUCUAUUACCAAAAAGGCCUUCGCUGGCUUGGAUGCACUGGAACAUCUUGACCUGAGUGACAACGCAAUCAUGUCUCUCCAAGGCAAUGCAUUCUCCCAAAUGAAGAAACUUCAACAACUGCAUUUAAACACAUCAAGCCUUUUGUGUGACUGCCAACUAAAAUGGCUCCCACAGUGGGUGGCAGAGAACAACUUUCAGAGCUACGUAAAUGCCAGUUGUGCCCAUCCUCAGCUGCUUAAAGGAAGAAGCAUUUUUGCUGUCAGCCCAGAUGGCUUUGUGUGUGAUGAUUUUCCCAAACCCCAGAUCACGGUUCAGCCAGAAACACAAUCAGCAAUAAAAGGCUCCAACUUGAGUUUUAUCUGCUCAGCUGCCAGCAGCAGUGAUUCCCCAAUGACUUUUGCUUGGAAAAAAGACAAUGAACUUCUGCAGGAUGCUGAAAUGGAGAACUAUGCACACCUCCGAGCCCAGGGAGGCGAAGUGAUGGAAUACACCACCAUCCUGUGGCUGCGCAAUGUGGAAUUUUCCAGCGAAGGGAAAUACCAGUGCGUCAUCUCCAACCAUUUUGGUUCAUCCUACUCCAUCAAAGCCAAGCUCACAGUCAACAUGCUUCCCUCGUUCACCAAGACCCCCAUGGACCUCACCAUCCGUGCUGGGGCCAUGGCCCGCCUGGAGUGCGCUGCUGUGGGCCACCCAGCCCCACAGAUAGCCUGGCAAAAGGAUGGGGGCACAGACUUCCCUGCUGCCCGGGAGAGACGCAUGCAUGUGAUGCCCGAGGACGAUGUCUUCUUCAUCGUGGACGUGAAGAUAGAGGACAUCGGUGUGUACAGCUGCACAGCCCAGAACAGCGCAGGGAGUGUUUCUGCCAAUGCGACGCUGACUGUGCUAGAGACACCAUCGUUUUUACGACCUCUGUUAGACCGAACUGUCACCAAGGGAGAAACGGCUGUCCUGCAGUGCAUCGCUGGCGGGAGCCCACCCCCCAAGCUCAACUGGACCAAAGAUGACAGCCCUUUGGUGGUGACCGAGAGGCACUUUUUUGCAGCAGGCAACCAGCUACUGAUUAUUGUAGACUCAGAUGUCAGCGAUGCUGGGAAGUACACGUGUGAAAUGUCCAAUACCCUUGGCACCGAACGAGGCAAUGUGCGCCUUAGUGUGAUCCCUUCUCCUACCUGCGACUCCCCUCACAUGACCGCCCCAUCCUUGGACGAUGACGGAUGGGCCACCGUGGGUGUCGUGAUCAUAGCCGUGGUUUGCUGUGUGGUGGGCACGUCGCUUGUGUGGGUGGUCAUCAUAUACCACACGAGGCGGAGGAAUGAAGAUUGCAGCAUUACCAACACAGAUGAGACCAAUUUACCAGCCGAUAUUCCUAGUUAUUUGUCAUCUCAGGGAACAUUAGCUGACAGACAGGAUGGGUACGUCUCCUCAGAGAGUGGAAGCCAUCACCAGUUCCUUACUUCUUCAGGAGGCAGCUUUUUCCUACCACAACAUGAUGGUGCUGGUGCCUGCCACAUUGACAACAGCAGCGAAGCUGACAUGGAAUCUGCCCCGGAUCCAUUCCUCUGCCCAUUUGUGGGAUCCCCAGGCCCCCUGUACGUGAAGGGCAAUGUGUAUGGCCCAGAUCCUUUUGAAGCGUAUCUUCCAGGUUGCAGUCCUGACCCAAGGGUAGCUUUAAUGGACCAUUAUGAGCCCAGCUACAUAAAGAAGGAGUGCUUCCCGUGUGCUCAUCCUUCAGAGGAGCCCUGUGAGCAGAACCUCAGUAACAUCCCGUGGCCACCAUAUGUGCGGAAGUUCAUUAACUCCAUGUGCUCUCAAAAUGUCGAGACUCUGUGUCUGGACAAGUCCUCCUUGGAUUUUAGUGCAAGUCCAGAGCCAGCAGCAGUUACUUCAAAUAAUUCUUUCCUGGGUACGUUUGGAAAGCCUCUAAGGACACCUCACCUAGAUGCCUUUUCAAGCUUUGCACAACCUCCAGAUUGUCAGCCAAGGCCCUUUCACACAAAAGACCCUUCCUCUCCUGAGUUGGACUCUGAGUCAGGGGAAGAUGAGAAAGAAAGGACAGAUUUUCGGGAAGAAAAUCUCAUGUGUACCUAUAAACAGAGCUUAAUAAACUCCAGGACUCCAAACCUUCAGUCUUAUGACUUGGACACAUAGACUGAAUGGAACCAAAGAAAGACUUUUUAACACACUACCUCAAGUGGACUUCUAUUUAAAAGAGACAAUCCUAUGUUUUUAAAUGGACUUACAAAUUUCAAAAAGGAAAACAUGCCUUAUUUAUACAGAUGAACCAAAACUUACAAAAAGUUAUAAAAAUUUUAUACUGGGAGUAAUGUUCAUAUAAAAAUACCUUUUAAAGAAGUAUUUUAUAUCUGUUUUAUACAAGAAGUAUCUUAUGUAAAUUAAUGGUAUAAAGCCAUGACUAUUUUAUGUAUUUUUAUAAUGCCAGAUUUCUUUUUAUUGAAAAUGAAUACUAAAGCCUUUUAAAUAAUUCCCGUCUUGUACUUUUUUGAAUAGAGGUCACUUCAUUUUAUUUUGCACAUUACAUUUAAUAAAAUGUGUCAUUUUGA